UUUUUUCACUUCUUCUUUCCAUCUUCAUCUUCUUCUUCUUCUUCCUCAUUUCACUCCAAUUUUCAAGUUUCUGCUUUUUAUCUAUCUUUCAAAAAAUUCCAUAUUCAUGAUGGCUAAGAAAUCGAAGACGAAAAUGAGAAUCCCGAGCUGCACGAUAUGCCAGACUCAGUACAACGACGACUCGCACGCGCCUCUCUUGCUCCAAUGCGGCCAUUGCUUCUGCAAGCACUGCCUCUCCCACAUGUUCACCGCAUCGGCGCCGCCGCGGCCGACGCUCUCUUGCCCUAAGUGCCGCCACCCCUCCACUCUCGGUAACUCCGUCCUUUCUCUCCCUAAAAACUACUCCCUCCUCCCCAUACUAUCUUCCGAUGAUGACGACGACGACGACAGCGGCGAUGAAUCGGACUCGGAAUCGGUGUCGGUGUCGCCGUCGAGGUGCCGAGGCGGCGGCGGAGGGACGGGAGUGGUGAGGAGUUUGUGUUCGGAUCACGAGAUGAGGUUGGUGAAGGCGAUUGGGGAGGAGAGGUGGUUAGGGGAGCUGAGGAAGGUGAGCAAGCGGUGUAGGCAUAAGGUGGUGGUGAAGAGAGUGGAGGUCGGCGACGUGGCGGACUGUGAUUGGGUGGAAGGUGAGCUCGAGAAGCUUCGAUUGGCUUCGGUGUGGUGCAGAAACGUGUGCGCUUUUCAUGGAGUGGUGAGAGAGAAAGAUCAUCUCUGCCUUGUUAUGGAGAGAUGUUACGGUUCGGUUCAAUCGGAGAUGCGACGGAGUGGUGGCCGCCUUACUCUUCAGCAAAUCCUCAAAUAUGGGGCAGACAUUGCACGUGGUGUGGCUGAACUCCAUGCAGCAGGUGUUGUUUGCAUGAACCUAAAGCCAUCCAAUUUUCUUCUGGAUGCAAGUGGCCGUGCAGUGGUUUCUGAUUACGGGCUUCCAAUAAUUUUGAAGAAACCUUCUUGCCGUAAAGCUCGACCUGGUCCAGAGGUUGAGUUCUCAAAAAUGCAUUGGUGUAUUGAUUGUACAUUGUUGAGUCCACAUUACACAGCUCCAGAGGUGUGGGAGCCUUUAAAGAAGUCAUUGCACUUAUUCAGGGAUGAUGUGAGUCAUAUAUCUGCAGAAUCAGAUGCCUGGAGUUUUGGUUGUGCCCUGGUUGAGAUGUGCACUGGUUCCAUUCCGUGGGAUGGUUUAAGUGCUGAAGAAAUUUAUCGUGCUGUUGUCAAGGAAGGCAGACCACCUCCACAAUACUCAAGUGUUGUAGGUGUAGGGAUUCCUAGAGAUUUGUGGAAAAUGAUUGGUGAGUGCUUACACUUCAAGGCAUCAAAAAGACCAACAUUUCAUGCAAUGCUUGCUAUAUUUCUUCGGCAUCUGCAACGAAUACCUCACUGUCCUGCAAAUCAGAAUAACGAACCAGCUAAUAGUCCUGGAAUAGAUAUGUUGGAACUGUCCCCUACAUCUGUUUUGGACAUUUCCAGCGUUAAAAGCAACCAUCUGCAUCAACUUGUAUCUGAAGGGAAUCUGGAUGGUGUUAGGGAUCUGCUUGCUAAGUCUGCAUCAGGGAAUAAUAGUAGUUCAAUCAUUUCUCUGCUGGAAGCACAUAAUUCUGAUGGUCAAACUGCUCUGCACUUGGCUUGUAGACGGGGUUGCCCUCAGAUUGUUGAUGCUAUUUUAGAGUAUGGAAAUGUGGAUGUGGAUGUCCCUGAUGAAAAUGGGAAUCCUCCAAUAGUGUUUGCUUUAGCAGUUGGGUCCUCAGAAUGUGUACGCGCUCUCAUCAGAAAAUCAGCUAAUGCCAUAUCUAGGUCAAUGGAAGGCUUUGGUCGAUCUGUUGCUCAUGUUUGUGCAUAUUAUGGGCAACCGGAUUGUAUGCGUGAAUUACUAUUGGCGGGAGCUGAUCCCAAUGCAGUGGAUGAUGAUGGUGAAACUGUACUGCAUAUUGCCGUCUCCAAAAAAUUUACGGACUGUGCUAUUGUAAUACUAGAAAAUGGGGGCUGCAAAUCAAUGGGUGCUCUGAAUUCAAAAGGAUUAACUCCUCUACACUUGUGUAUAGCAACUCUAAAUGUGGCCGUAGUUAAGAGGUGGGCAGAAAUCACAUCACCCAGAGAGAUUUCUGAAGCGAUCGACAUUCCAAGUCCAGCUGGGACUGCACUAUGUCUGGCAGCUGCUCUAAAGAAAGAUCGCGAGACAGAGGGCAGAGAGCUGGUAAGGAUACUGCUUGCAGCUGGAGCAAACCCAACUGCCCAAGACACGCAACAGUAUCGAACAGCGUUGCAUACAGCUGCCAUGGCCAAUGAUGUUGAGUUGGUUAAGAUUAUUCUUGACGCUGGAGUUGAUGUGAACAUCAGGAACGUGCACAAUACGAUACCCCUUCAUUUGGCACUGGCAAAAGGUGCAAAACCAUGUGUCAAAUUACUCUUGUCAGCUGGUGCAAAUUGUAAUUUGCAGGAUGACGAUGGUGACAAUGCUUUUCAUAUAGCUGCUGAUGCAGCGAAGUUGAUACGUGAAUGUCUUGAGUGCAUUGUAGUUAUGUUGCAGUAUCCAGGUGCUGCCAUUGAAGUAAGGAACCACAGUGGUAAGACAUUGCAUGAUCUAUUGGAAGCCCUACCACGAGAAUGGAUUUCUGAAGAUCUUAUGGAAGCACUUAUGAAUAAGGGACUUCAUCUGUCUCCAACAAUAUUUCAAGUGGGGGAAUGGGUGAAAUUUAAAAGAAGCAUGGAAACCCCUGCACAUGGUUGGCAAGGUGCAAGGCAUGGGAGUGUUGGCUUUGUACAGUAUGUCCAAAACAGUGACAGCCUUGAUGUAUCAUUUUGCACUGGGUUAGCUCAUGUCUUAGCAAAUGAAGUUAUAAAAGUUCUCUCUUUGGAAAGGGGACAGCUUGUGCGACUCAAAGCUGACAUUGAAAAGCCAAGGUAUGAGUUGCGUGGACAAUCAUGUGACAGCAUUGGAACUGUCCUGUGUGUUGAUGAUGAUGAUGGAAUUAUACGUAUUGGAUUUACUGGUGCAUCUAGGGGAUGGCAAGCUGAUCCAGCAGAUUUUGAAAGGGUUGAAGAGUUCAAGGUUGGUGACUGGGUUCGUGUUCGUCACAAUCUUCCCUUCGCAAAGCAUGGUUUUGGAGCUGUGACCCCAGGCAGUAUUGGGGUAGUGUAUGGUAUUAGACCUGAUAGUAGUCUUCUGAUAGAAUUUAGCUACUUAGCAAGCCCAUGGCUUUGUGAACCAGAGGAAGUGGAGUCGUUCAGCCCAUUUAGGAUUGGCGACCAAGUAUGUGUAAAGAGAUCUGUUGCAGAGCCCAGAUUUCCUUGGGACGGUGAGACGCAUCAUAGUGUUGGAAAAAUAAGUGACAUAGAGAGUAAUGGUCUCCUGAUAAUUGAAACACCAAAUCGGCACAUACCAUGGAAAGCUGAUCCAUCAGACAUGGAAAAGGUGGAGGAUUUCAAGGUUGGUGAUUGGGUUAGAGUCAAAGCUUCAGUACCUUCUCCAAAAUAUGGGUGGGAAGAUGUCAACAGGACAAGUAUAGGAAUAAUUCAUAGCUUGGAGGAGGAUGGUGAUAUGGGAAUUGCAUUUUGUUUCAGAAGCAAGAUUUUCUCAUGCUCCGUGACAGACAUGGAGAAGGUGUCACCUUUUGAAGUGGAACAAGAGAUUCGAGUGAUGCCAUCUAUCACAGAGCCAUUACUUGGAUGGUCAAAUGAAACGCCAUCUACCUCAGGGAAAAUUGCAAGGAUUGACAUGGAUGGGACCCUUAAUGUAAGAGUGGCUGGCAGAGUGAGCUUUUGGAAAGUUUCUCCAAGUGAUGCAGAAAGGUUAUCAGGAUUGGCAGUUGGUGACUGGGUUCGGAUGAAGCAAUGUAUGGGAACACGACCAAAUUAUGAAUGGAAUAGUGUUGGGAGAGACAGUGUAGCAGUAGUGCACAACAUACAGGAUUAUUCUUAUUUAGAGCUGGUUUCUUGUUUUCGUACGGGUAGGUUCAUUGCUCACUGCACUGAAGUUGAAAAGGUUUCACCCAUUAAAAUUGGGCAGCACGUUAGGUUCCGUACUGGAUUGAAAGAACCAAGAUGGGGGUGGAGAGAAGCUUGCCCCAAUUCAAGAGGUGUCGUAACCGCUGUAAAUGCUGAUGGAGAAAUAAGAGUUUCAUUCUUCAAUUUGUCAGGUUUGUGGAGAGGAGAUCCUGCAGAUUUUGAGGUAGAGGAGAUGUUUGAGGUUGGAGAAUGGGUAAAACUUAAAAAUGAUUCUAGUAAAUGGAAAUCUCUGCAACCUGGAAGCAUUGGUGUUGUACAAGGACUAGGGUAUAAAAAAGAUGUAUGGGAUGGCACUGUCCUUGUUGGGUUCUGUGGGGAAUCAGAAUUAUGGGCAGGGCAGACUGCCAAGCUAGAAAGAGUGGAUAGGUUUAAAACUGGGCAACGGGUGAGAGUGAAGACCAAUGUAAAAAAUCCACGAUUUGGGUGGUCAGGUCAUACACAUGCUAGCAUCGUUUCCAUAAUAGCAGUUGAUGCAGAUGGAAAACUAAGAACACACACUCCUGCUGGCUCAAAGGCAUGGAUGCUCGACCCAUCAGAAGUGGAACUGGUGGAGGAAGAGGUAUUAAUUAUUGGAGAUUGGGUAAGGGUCAAAUCAUCUGUGGCAACACCAGUUUACCACUGGGGAGAAGUGACUCACAAGAGUGUUGGGGUGGUUUUCCGCUUGGAGGAAGGAGAGCUGUGGGUCUCAUUUUGCUUUAUGGAGCGCCCUUGGAUAUGCAAGGAAUGGGAGGUGGAGAAGGUGAGAGCAUUUAAAGUGGGUGACACGGUCAAAUUUAGAGAAGGAUUAGUAACCCCGAGAUGGGGUUGGGGAAUGGAGACACAUGCUAGUAAGGGGAAGGUAGUUGGAGUGGAUGCUAAUGGGAAGCUAAGAAUUCAGUUUAAAUGGAGAGAAGGCCGGCCCUGGAUUGGAGACCCGGCUGAUAUUGUUCUUGACAACAGCUCCAGUAGGGAUCCAAUGGAAAUGUAAACCCUUUGGUUGUACUAAAUUAAAGGAUGUUUUAGAUGGAAGAUACGAUUUGGCCUCAUCAAGCUUACAGAGCAGUGCAAAGAUGGAUUUUAAAUUAUGACAACAUAUUAGCAGAGAAGCUCAUCCUGCCUAAAUGAUACAUACAAAAAUAGAGGCCAGUGCAUUUGCAGUAUGAUUUAAUUACAUGAUUGAUGACCUUGAGCUUCUACAGCAGGGUGGUUCCUGUUUGGUGGGCUGAAUACAUUAUUGUCUUAAAUUAGGUUCUGUAGAUUACCAUGCUUGUAGGCGAUCAUUGUUAUUUGUAUUUGAAAAAAAAAAGGCACAAUACGUAGUCAAUUAGUUAUGUAAAUAUACAACUCUCAUUUCAGAAAAUUCUAUAUAGAUUAUGAGUAUGUUAGGGUGCUCAUUUGUUGUGUUUAGCUUUUUGCAGUUCAGUGGCACGGUCUCCCUGCGGAGAGAACCUAUCUAUCCCCGGUGGGGAAAAUAUUUGUCUUCGUAUCUCUGUAUAUAUGUUCAUGUUAAGCAAA